UGGAGUUAACAUAUAUACUACAUGUUAGCUUUUUAUGGCUAAUUUAGGCGUUUUCCUAUUUUUUAGGCUAUUUUGGUGUUAAGCUAACAUUUAUGCUACAUGCUAGCUGUUUUGGCCAAUUUGCAUUUCUGAUGUUCAUGUGUUUUCUAAGUCGAACUGUCAUUUUUCCGGUUAUUCUAACGGCACAUGAAUGCAGCAUUUCUUUAAUUUGCGUUUUCCCUGAUGGACAUCAACCCAUCGGUGCAAUUGGCUCUAAAAUAAGAACAAAAGCCACAGUUGUUAAAUAAAAAAUAUCCUUUUAUGAAAAAAAAAUAUACAAGGAUUUUCAAUCAAAAUUGAAGUAUGCUUUUGUCCAGAUUCCAGGUUAUUUCUUUCUCUUAUAAGGUUGAUUACCAAAACUUCUGGUUCGGCUCUUCUAUCACAUUUUAGAAUCCUUUGUGGCCCACGAGUCAAAAAGUGUGCCCACCUCUGCCCUAAAGGGACUUUGAGGUAAAGAAAAAAUAAAGUAAAAAAAAAAAUUCUAAAAAAUUGAGGUGAAACAAAACAUUCUGGUAACUAGCUGGUGUGCACCACUUAGUAAUAAGAAAAGAUAUAAACAUUUUUAGUUCAAUUUUUAGAAAAAUAAACAUUUUUUAACUUGUGUUUUUAGGAAACAACAUUUUUUCCAGUUACUAUCUGGUUCACAGAAAAAAAAACAUUACUUUAAUUUAUGAAUUUACCUUUCUAACUUGCAUUUUUGUUUAACUGUGGUGUAUAUAUAUGUGGAUUUGAUAUAUAUUUGCAAUAGUUGCUUUAUUGCAAAACUUACUAAAAUACUGUGAAAUGAAAAAAAAAGCAAUAUAUUUUGUUAAAUAAAAAAAUCAACUUCUACGAGAGGGAAACACUAUAAUUUCAGGAAUUAAACACAUUUGUUUUCAGUUGCCAAAAGUUUAGCUCCACAUGUACAGCUAAACAGACAAAAUACUGAUUAAUUAGGUGACUCUAAACAUUUAACUGUGUUUGAUAGAGAAAGUUUUGUCCGGGGAGACAUCAGACCGUCCGGAGUUGGAAUCCAUCCCCCAUGUUUACUUUCGCUUUCCGAUCAUCAGAGGUAGGAGGGCCUCAAGUUUGUCCAGGAAGAGCUUCCGUCUGCAAAACGUUUUCGCCUCCUCUUCAAAAGCUGCUGGAACGAGCUCGUAGCUUUUAACGCGGUGGUCUUAAGGUUGCAUUUACGUGCGUUUGCGACUUUUUGUGCUUUUUAUUCUUUUAUUUCCCCCACUGAGAUUCCACGUCGUAAACAUGGACGACCCGCGGAACCCCGGUAAAUUAUUGCGCUUCUUCCACUCUCAUAAAACCGAACUGUCCUGCAUGGAAAACCCGCAGAUUUUCCUCAGCCAGCUCAGAGACAACGACCUCAUCCCGGACGACAAAUACAAGAAAGUGAUCAAAAUGAAGAGCAAAAACAAGAGGCAAAUGGCCAUCUAUGAUAUCUUAGACUGGCUGGAGAAGGAGGGGUCAGAGAACAUCCAUUCGUUCUGGAGGUGUGUCUUCAAAGAAAUCAUCUUAAACAAAUACAGCGUCCUUCAAAAGAUGCACGAAAGCCUCCUGGACGGGUCUUUUCAAUUCGACGAACAAUUACCUCAAAGUGUUGAAAAGGAGGAAGAAGCCAAACAGGAAAAAAAGGAGGAAGAAGCCAAAAAGGAAAAAAAGGAGGCCAGCUCUGGGAAAAACAAGAGGAAAAGAAGCAGGAGUGCAUGUGGCGAUGAAGAGCAGCCUGAUGCAUCAUCCCAGAUGACCUCACGUCAGAAGAAAUCCAAAAAAAUAGCUUUUGCUUCCCCCAAAAAAGGAGAGAAGAUCUGGGACUGGCCCAUCUUUAAGCACCAGCUGCCUGUGACCUGCGGAGAGAUGGAGGGAAUGCUCAUCCGGGACAAGCUAGCUAAAGGCGAAAAAUGCAUCCAAGCAAUGGAGCAAUGGUUCACUCCCUCUGAGUUUGAAAAGUUUGCUGGAAAGAAGAGCUCCAGGAACUGGAAAACGAGUAUUCGGUGUACGGGCAUCACCCUCGGAAAACUUAUUCAGGAAGGUCACUUGAAAUCAGCCACAUUCACGAACAGAAGUAAAAAGGUCAAGAAGUCUCUCUUCUCCAAAAGGAAUACCACCCCCAGCCAAGAGUCUGAUCCCGAUGAAGAUGAAGCCGAUGACCCGGAGCAGCAAAGUUCAUCCGAUGACGAAGAAAGCUCCACAGAUGACUCAGAAAUGGAGGUAUCAAGCACGCAACCGGGGAACCCACCAGACAAAGACACUGCUACGUUUGCGGUCUCAUGUGGACAGUUGUCAGGUGUUUUACACCGCUACAGGUUCUUAACAGGGAGUCGUGGGCGCAGUAUUCGCACCGAAGAUGAAUGGAUGACUCCUGUGGAGUUUGUGAGGGCAGCAACGUCUCAGAUUGACGACACCUGGAGGAAGGACAUUAUUCACAAUGGACAACCACUCAACGUUCUCCUUGAGAAAAAGGUUUUGUCACUCCACUCACUGUUGUGCAAAUGCAGCAAUUGCAAGGCAAAGCUAGAAGACGAGGAAGAUAAAAAAAAUGACGACGAGUGUUACAUCUGUAAAAAUGUGGGUGAUCUAGUCGUAUGUGAUCACUGUCCCAGAUCCUUCCACCAGAACUGUCACCUUCCCCGUAUAGGAGAAGCGAUUAUGAGUGACAACACGCCAUGGAUGUGCACAUUCUGCAUUUUCAAAACCAUACAAAACAGCCGCUACGAUGACGAGCAGAAGAGGGAAGUCGUCUUGUCCUGUCAGAUGUCUCAGCACAUUGUGGAAUGCCAGUAUCUGCUCCUGUUCCUGAGCAACGCAGACAGUGAGCAGUUAUUUGACACAGACCCAGAGCUUUACUUGGAAAACUACGGGCAUUUUGUUAAGACUCCAAUGUGGCUGGGCAAAAUUGCAGACAAUCUUCAGAAUUACCAAUACAAGACUGUCGGCCAUUUUGAAUCUGACGUCCAGCUCAUUUUUACCAACUGUGGUCGUUACAAUCGGGAUAAUGCUGAAUUCCUGGAGAAGGGCAAGAGAUUAAAAGAGACAUUUGACAAAGAGUUCAAGACGGCCCUCAACAUCCAUGACUAGACUGCUCUGUGUCCCCCGUGUUGAAGGUCGUGGUUACAGCAGUGUUUUUGGGUCAGAACCAAAUUCCACAAAUAUACCAGGAAUGCCAAAAUAUGAA